CACCCCCCCUCCGGACAAGACUCCCUUCAUCUCCGCGCAUCAACUUGGCUGUCGGAAAUCCACACGAUGACAGCAACCGGGCAACAUCCACGCGUUAUUCUGCUAGUCUGCUUCAUCUCCACCGCAGCGUGCAAUAUGUUUGCAUUCACCGAGGAGCCCAUCGACAGAGUCGGGAAGUCAGACGGGUAUUGUAGUCGGAUAUUACGGGCUCAGAGCAAUCGGAAGGAGGUCAACACCGAGUUUCGCCUCCGCGUUGAGGGAGACCCGGAGAGCUAUCAGCCAGGCAGCACAUACAGAGUGACUCUGAUUGCAUCCAGUCCCUCCUACUUCAGAGGGUUCACCCUUAUUGCCCUGAAGGAGGGUACAGAAGGAGACAGGGAUGAGGACUACAUUGGAAAUUUCCAGAUAAUUGAUGAGGAGGAAACACAGUUCAUGACCAACUGCCCUCCUGCAGUGACAGAGAGCACUCCUCGCAGACGCACCAGCAUCCAGGUGUUUUGGACUGCGCCCCCUAGUGGUUCCGGCUGUCUCCUCCUUAAGGCAAGCAUUGUGCAGAAGAGGAUAAUCUAUUUCCAGGAUGAAGGCUCACUCACAAAGCGAAUGUGUGAGAAAGAAUCCCUGUAUGGAGACACUACAGAUAAACCUCUGCUUGACUGUUGUGCUUGUGGAACAGCAAAGUACAGAGUCACCUUCUAUGGGAACUGGUCAGAGAAGAUUCAUCCCAAAGACUAUCCACGUCGUGCCAAUCACUGGUCAGCCAUCAUUGGUGCCUCCCACUCUAAGAACUAUGUACUGUGGGAAUAUGGUGGUUUUUCCAGUGAUGGAGUUAAACAGGUGGCUGAGAUGGGCUCCCCGGUCAAAAUGGAGGAGGAGAUCAGACAGAAGGGUGAUGACGUCCUGACAGUCAUCAAAAUGAAAGCACAGUGGCCAGCUUGGCAACCACUUAAUGUGCGGGCCGCCCCCUCGGCUGAAUUCUCAGUGGACCGGACCCGUCACAUCAUGUCCUUCCUGACCAUGUUAGGGCCCAGUCCAGACUGGAAUGUGGGUCUGUCCGCAGAGGACUUGUGUACCAAGGAGUGUGGUUGGGUCCAGAAGGUGGUCCAGGACCUGAUCCCUUGGGAUGCUGGCACUGACAGUGGGGUGACAUACGAAUCUCCCAACAAGCCCACUGUGCCCCAGGACAAGAUCCGUCCCCUGACCAGUCUGGAUCAUCCACAGAGCCCUUUUUAUGACCCUGAGGGGGGCGCCAUCACUCCUGUGGCCAGGGUGGUGGUGGAACGCAUUGCCAGAAAGGUCUUUCUGUUUUCAUACCAGUCAGAUCUUGCUUUAAAUAUAGAUACAUAUACAAUCCCCUGCAUGCUGACUCCAUGGUCUGACUGGAGUGACUGCAGUGUGACUUGUGGGAAGGGUAUGAGGACACGACAGCGCAUGCUCAAGUCCCCCGUGGAGCUGGGAGAGUGUACAGAAGAGUUAGAACAGGUGGAGAAGUGUAUGCUACCAGAGUGUCCUAUAGAUUGUGUCAUGACAGAGUGGACUGAGUGGUCCGAGUGCAAUAAGUCCUGUGGGAAGGGUCAUACGAUCCGGAGACGCGUGGUGAAUCUGGAGCCUCAGUUUGGAGGAGACCCCUGUUCUGAAACCAUCCAGAGGAAGAAGUGUAAGAUCAGGAAGUGCAACCGAGGACAAGCCAACAGCGAUGAGAAAAAAAGGCGCAAGGAACAGCGUGAAAAGAGGAGGAGCAAACAGGGCAGAGCUGAGGUCACCUCCGAACAUCCAGGGUGUAAAAUGAGGCCGUGGUCGAGUUGGACAGAAUGUACCAAGCUCUGCGGUGGAGGUAUUCAAGAACGGCUCAUGACAGUGAAGCAGAGGUUUAAGACUGCCCAGCUGUCCAGCUGCAAAGACAGGAAGGAGAUCAGGGCUUGUAAUGUGCACCCCUGCUAGGAAGGAGAAGAACUGGGGUUGGUGUGGAAGGGAGGGAGGGAUCACAGUGGGGCAGGGAACAGGGCAGGGCAUGGUGCACCGUCACACAAUGAUCUAAUGCACUCUGUUUAGGGCUGAAAUGGCACACACUUGAAUCUGAAUUGGUUAAAUCCAGAGCUCAGGUCGGUUAUCAUCAAGAGAGGAUGAACUUUAAGAUCUCACUGGACAACUCUGGAUUUAAACUAGGCCGAUUCUUCUGUGCCUUUAAACUAGCUCUGAUAGGCGUACGGCUAUUUGCAAGGUUACUGUAAACUUGUUGUGGUAAAAUAUUGAAAAAUAUAAUUAUGAAAUAUACAUUUAAUAAUAAGAUAAAGAACUGUUAUAUCUUGUGGUAUCCUUAAGUAGUACACUAUAUUCCAGACUUUAAAGCACAGGUGCCCAGCCAUUCCAGUGUUUUAUAUGCCUUCAAUUGUUCAGUUGUUUCUAGGACACAAAAUGCCCAGUUGACUUUUUACCCAGCUAUACUGUUGUACAUGUAGAUGCACCAUGAUUGAGAUCUAUAUGAUUUUGAGCAUUAUUAGAAGAUUUUGUUACUUUUUUGCUGUGGAAUUUUUUGAUAAGAAUGUGUCCCAAGAUUCUUACCAAAGUCUUGUGUAGAUGUUUUCUAGAUCUCUUCCCCUCAUUUUCUUUAUCUCUGUUCCUCUAACAUAUUAAUAUUUUGGAA